CGCUCGACUCGCUCGAACGAGCGCUCGAAGCAAUCAAAUUUUCCAGGAAAUUUUGUUGUGAUCCUUUGUCACUUUGUUUACUUUUUAGUUCGUGCGCUCGAGCAGUCAGUCUGCGGCUUGACGCACGUAUAUGCAGAAGGGCUCAUAGAAAGGUGACUGCUCGGGAAAAGAAAUAUUUUUCGAAUAUUUUUAUAAGCUUUUUCAACUUGUGCACCGCAUAAAUUAGUGACUCAUAGUGCCUAAAACUGUUCGAAAUCCUGUCUUCAAAUUUUUUGUUAAAGUUAUUUACCGUAAAUAAAAAAUGGAGGAUGAAGUCGCAAAAGGGAAAGGAAAGGAGUCAAGCCAUUUCUGGGAUUUACUAGAGAAAGAAUCAGGAGUUAACGUACCUGCAUACAUAAAGAAUAUUUUAAAAUUCAACAAUUUCGAUAAUCCUUUGUCGUUUCGUCACAUAACGCCGGAGACAAUCAAAGAAUUAGAAGAAUUCUCACGUCACACGAUGAAGGAUCUUUUGGAGCCUGAAACCGAUUUAUACCAAUUUUAUGGUCGAUUCCAUAAAGACCCGCAAAAGUUUCAAUUUAUGAUCGGUGACCGCCAUUUAAUUGAAGAGCUGGUGAUUUAUGUGAAAUCCAAAACUUCCGACUUUUGGAAACUACCUGCCACCGAGAAACUUAUUGCUCAGAACACAAAAAAAAACCCAGGAAUACGAUCGAAUCGGGUAACAAGCGAUGAGAGGGGACUUAAAAACUCUGCUCAACUGAAAAUCUCUCAUAGACCGGACAUAAAUAUUGAAGAAGAACGAAAAAAAUUGACAAAAAUAAUAAUAUCGCUUCUUCGAAAAGAGAACGUCGAGAACGCAGUAAAAAACGAAAACAGCGAUCCAAUGUCUAUGAAAUUUCCUGAACAGAAUCUUGACAUAACUAUUUCAGUCGUUGAAUUAUACAACGGUGAAGAUUUGCCACAAUCAUACACGUACUCCGCCAAGAUCAAAUGUGUGAUAUGUGCAAAUUCUGUGGUAAUAACGAAGUGCGGUCAUUCAGGAGACAUCAAAGCAAGAUGGGUCGUAUCAAACUACAGACGACAUCUACACACUCACAGUCUCGAUACUGCAAAAACGGCUCAGAAACGAAAAUCUAUGUCCAUACUUCAGGCUCUUCAACCUUCAGCGAAAACGUCAAAAACCAAGGGAAAAAUUGAUUCACAAACGACCGAGUUUAACAAGGAGAUCGUUGAAACAGUUCCAGAAAAUAAUUCGUCGAAUCGCCUAGAUAUUGAACCUCGUAUUGAACCUAUUGAACUCAAUAUACAACGAACUGAAAUCGAUUCGGGGGUAAACUCUAACGAUGAAAUUUCAGAAUUGUCACCGUCUGAUGAAACGACGGAAAUGGAAGAGUAUAUCGAUCAGCGUCACCGUAAUGCAACAAUUUUUGAGGCCGGGCUUUCUGAAUUCCCUGCUUCGCCUUCGACGUCAGCUGCUUUAACUGAACUCGAACGAGAGUUGGAGGUGGGGGAAUAUUAAAUCGGGAUUGUCACCGAACGGACAAUCUCGAUAAAAAGAUUCCUUCAAUGGACAGCGCUCGGAAUCCUUCGAAAACCAGGAUAUUUCAUCGAAUGAAGAAAAUGUAUGCGUCUAUUGGGCCAAAGCAACUACGUAUUACUUCAUUCUUCCCUAUUGAAGAUAAAUUACGAAGACUUGUUCGAGAAAAUGAGCAAGUAAGAAAUACGCUGAGAACUUUUAUGGAACAUAAAUCUGUGAGUACAGUAAAUUUAAAAAUAACUCAGUGUGCCGCAGAUUCAAGCUCGUCACAAUCGAACUUUUUAUUAAGUUUGUUCCGUAGAGCAAAUAACAAAUGCAGUGAGGCAAAAAAAGUAGGGAAUAGAUAUAACGAGGCUUUUAAACUGUUUAGUACGUACCUCUUUACAAUAGGUGGAAGAAUGCUGUAUGAAACUUUAUAUGCGAAUUUGCCAAUUCCUUCCUUAAGUACAAUAAGUCGUGUAAUUGGUAACUCUGGCUGUGAUAUUAAGGAAGGUGUAUGUCGGGCCAAAGAAUUGAAAGAAUUUCUAGUCGGACGAAAUUUACCUCUCAUUGUAUGGGUGAGUGAAGAUGCAACACGAAUCACCGGUCGAAUACAGUACGAUACUCGUUCGAACCAACUAGUUGGUUUUGUAUUACCGUUGAACCAAAAAGGAAUGCCCGUGUGUGGUACAUACCCGGCUACGUCAGCUUCUAAAAUUGUCGAAAAUUUUGAAAAGGGCACUAUUGCUAGUUUAGCGUAUGUGAUAAUUGCUCAGCCUCUGAUUGAAAAUGCUCCAUCAUUUUGCUUGUCCAUAUUCGGUACCGAUAAUAAAUUUUACGCGACUGACGUUUUGAACCGGUGGAAAUAUAUUAUUUCAUGCUUGAAAAAAGAAGGAAUAACUGUUUUCGGAAUUUCUUCUGAUGGAGAUCCACGCUUAUUGAAAGCAAUGCGUGUUCAAUCUCAGCUGGGUACGAAUUCGACCGUUGACACUGGAAGUUUUUCAAUGCGGUUUCCGUACUUCCAUGCGAGUUGCGAACCAGAAGUAAUUUUCAUUCAAGACACAAUACAUAUUGGUGCAAAACUGCGAACCCGGCUCUUAAAGCCAUCAAUUAUUCUUCCCAUGGGGAAUUUUAUUAUUACAGCAAGCCACCUCAAAAUUCUCAUGGACACGGUAUCAAAAGACAAACACUGCUUAAAUCAAAAGGAUUUAUCGCCAAAAGAUAAAAUGAAUUAUGCCUCGGUCGAAAAAAUAAGUGACCCUAAAAUUAUUGAUCUUUUAAAACACAAUGUUCCCGGAAGUGAAGCGACGACGGUUUAUUUACAAAUAAUGCAUCUUUUUAUGAGUGCUUUCCUUAAAAAGGAUAUGAAACCCCUAGACCGUGUAUAUAAUUGCUGGUUCUCGAUUUUUGUACUCCGAAUGUGGAGAGCAUGGUUGAAUACUGUACCACAGUAUUCAGUUUCCGAUAAUUUCCUAUCGCUUAAUACGUACUUGUGCAUGGAAAUGAAUGCCCAUGGCUUGGUCAAUUCUAUUAUGAAAUUGAAAAAAAUCACUUCAUCACCACAAACCCCUUCAGAAAUGUUUUUGCCAUGGCAAUUCAGUAGCCAACCAUGCGAGAGUUUUUUUCGUCUCCUAAGAUCCAUGAGCACAACCUACUCAACAAUAGUAAAUAGUACACUUCUAGAGACCAUUUAUAGAGUUAAAAAAAUUCAGCUUCAAGACGAUAUUGCGUCAGGAAAUUUGCAUGAUGAAAGCGCUCAAUUCAAUUAUCCACGUGCAAAAGUAACAGGUCGAUCAACACUAGAGCAGUCCUCACUUCCAGAAGUAAACGAUAUUUUUGAAAUUAUCGAACAGGCCAAAAAAGACGCUCUGACAAAAGUUCAAUCGUUAGGGAUAAACAUGGGCACACUAGAAUGCGACACGGUCUCUAUGCGAUGUAACGAAACAGGCUAUGAAAAAAAAGACAGUGAAGAGGAAAUUGAAUAUAUUGAGGAGUCGAAUAUUGAGGUUCCAUCGGUAGAAAACGAUGUCAACGGUGAUCGAGAACCUCAGCUUGAAUUAUUGCAAGAUUUGUCCAUCCUUUCCAAUGCUCAAGGCAGUUUACUGUUAAAAAAUUACGAGCAAUACGAAAUAAAACUCCAGCCUGACAGUCCUUUCGUCGUUGUGAAAGAUAAUCACAAUAAAGAGUUAGUUGUAAGGAAAUCGUCGAUAUGCUGGCUUCUUCAAAAAAAUUCAUCGAAUUUAAGCAGUGAUCGAUUGCAGCGCGUAAGAGAGUCUGAAUUAAAUACAUUUGUAAAAAGAGGUCAGUAUAAACGUGACGACAAAUGUUUUAUAAAAAAAAAUGACGAAAUUCAUAUCGGUGACUGGUGCUUAUUUAAAAAAAAAAAGGUUGGAAAAGGUUCACCAAAAUGUUUCAUGGGUUUAGUUCUUAAUUUCGCGUAUACUGACGGUACAACGAAAAAAAGUCAAGAGUAUUCGAGUCAUUACGCGCGCGUGAAAGAAAAUACCAAAGAAAUUGGUGUCUUGUGCAAUUGGUACGAGAUCGUACCAAAGUCACCCGAUUUAGUACCGGUACCAAUGGAUGUACACGGAUUCAUUAGUAUUAAGCAAUACUGUUCAACAAUUUCAUCGCCUAGUAUGUCCGAAAGAGGGCUCCA